GGCAGUAGCUGGCAGCUCAGUGUGGAAACAGCAGACGCCAAUCUUUCACAAACAGUUGGCGAUCCAGUUCAGACAUCGACUCUUGUUUACAGGUUUAUGCGUAAACCCUUUCACAAUCGCCAGCGCCGGGGGACCAUGCUUGGAUUGAGGUUAAUGCAGUUUGGAAUCAGAUCACAUAUCAAAGGCUAUAAUUUCCUCGCAAAGAAUCUCUUAACGAAACCUAAACGCUUCUUAACUUGCUCCAAAUGGCUGAAGGUCCCGGCGCCAAAGCCUGCCUCAACCAUGGCGAUUCCGAAAGUGGUCAUAGACACGGACGCGGGACUGGACGACGCCCUGGCAAUCUUCAUGGCCCUCGAGUCCCACAAGCGCGGCGAUCUCGAGGUGGUCGCCAUCACCACCGUCCAUGGCAACACCAAGGUCGACAACGUGUGCGUCAACGUUUUGAGGAUCUUGCGAGCCGCCGACUUGUUGGAGGAGAUCCCCGUGUUCGUGGGCGCGGGCCAGAGCCUCAUCCACCCGUGGGUCGACCCCGGGGAGCCCUUCCACGGGAGCGACGGCUUCGGGGAUGCCAAGCUGGCCGACCCCCCUCCCCCCACCUCCCUCCUGAAGCCCCAGCAUUCGGUGUGGGAGCUCGUCGAACUCUCCAAGAAGUAUGAGAAUGAGUUGGUGCUGGUGUCCCUAGGCCCGCUCACCAACGUGGCCUUGGCUCUGCGACUCGACCCCAAAUUUACUUCCCGAUUGGCCGGGUUCUACGCCAUGGGCGGGAAUACGACGGCCCUCGGGAAUAUCACGGUGUGCGGCGAGUUCAACUUCACGUGCGACCCAGAGGCAGUGAGAGUGGUUCUGGAAGGGACAGAACAGGGCAUUUGUCUCGUGCCAUGGGAAACGUGUCUCUAUGACAUAGAUAUCACCUAUCAUGAACGGAGACAAAUGGGGGCCGUCAGCCGUCCAGCAGCACAGCUGAUGAACCAGAUUGAACACAGGAUAUUGAACAAGAAAGAAUUUGAUCACUGGAUAACAUGCGAUCAGUUAGCAAUGGCUUGGAUGAUUGAUGACGUCAGGAAUAAGAAAGUUCCCAUUCGAAUUGAGAAAGAGCCUACUGGUGUUGGUGCAUCUAGCUUACUGACAGCAUCUAAGAAAUGUUUUGCAACAAUAGAACUUAAUGGAAGUCAUACACGAGGCCAAUUGGUACUUGACCAUGAUAAUAGAUUGAAAAGGAAAAACAAUGUCAUAAUCAUGACUGCUGUAGAUAAAGAGCUGUAUCGACGAUACCUUCGCAUGGCCUUUGGUGGAGAAUUCUAAACUAGGGUGAGAGAUUCUAUAAAACUGUGCCAAUUUCAUCAAAUAUCUGACUUGACUUGACUUUUAGUAUCUCUUUUGGUUGUAUCUUAAGAGGAGUGUGGUCUGCCUCUGAAUGUCAGUUGAUUUUAUCCAUCCAUCAGGUGUUUGUGCUUCAUUUGAUUUAUUUCAGCAGAAGUGUAUACUUUUAAAUUAUCUUCUGUCUGUCACUGGCUCAUUGUAAAAUAUGGUAAUCAUAUUUUGUAAUUAUGUUAUCUGUAUUCAUUUUGAGCAUGUCAGAUAUAUAUAGCUGUCUUUUUUUAAGAAAUAUUUUUGUUGAAGUUUGAUUUUCUUGUAUGUACUUUACAUUCCUAUAUGUGACCAAGAAUGAAUGUUAAGUUUCACGUAAGCAAACAGUCAGAAAUAACUUGAAUGUAUUAAUACUAUACAAAUAUAUUUUUAUGAAUUCCUUU